UGGUUCAUAACGAGGUCGAAAUGAGAAACACUGAGAUGUUCUUAAACACCAUCUUCAGCUUUGGCGUUGUACUGAUGGUGUGCCAUGUGGAGAAAGGAGGUGCUCAACUGCCAUCCUUUACAACUGACUUAUCGCCCUCAACGGGAUGUAUUCCACUUGAGGAGGGAACUCCAAUUUCAUUCAAUCUUAUUCGAAGCGGUGGAGCGUUUGGACCUUCAUUUACGAUUGAAACACUUGAUGAUUCCGCCACGUUCCCGGCGGAUUAUACCCUUCCGAUGGGAAAAUCCGGAACAUUCGCUUUCCCACCCAAUUUGGAAAUAGUUAUCGUACCUGUCGAUGAUGGGAUUUCAGAGUUCGCGGAGACAUUCACUUUAAGGUUUACAGCGGGAGGAUACAUACCACUUGAUGUAUUAUUCUGCAUUACUGACCCGCCUCCACUCACCAUGACAACCACAACAACGUCAACCACGACGACAACUCCAACUUCAACCACGACAACUUCAACCACGACAACUUCAACCACGACGACAAAUGCGCCACUGGCUUUCAGCGCGGAUGCAAGAACAUGUGUCAAAGAGAGCCUGACCCCUCUUGUCAUACGAAUAAGGAGACCAUCAUCAGAUACGCUUGCAAUGAAUGCGUCAGUGACCUACUCAGACAUGGAUGCAGAUUCAACCAGCGACUUCGCCGACAGUGUCACAACGCUCGCCUUUCUAGACGGAAAGAGAAAUGCUUACCUGGAAGUGCCAAUUACUGACGAUCUGGUCGUCGAGUCAACUGAAGAGUUCUCAAUUACAAUCAGUGCUCCGGGUUAUGAUCCUAUCACCAUAAAGGGAUGCAUCAACGACGACGAUGGCGCGGUUCUAUUCGACUGUAACCGGUACGGUGUUACUUGCGAUGCGGGGACCUGUCCGCCAAGCGGUUCGACUUGUGACUGUUCCACCGCUCCUGACAGAACAGGGGACAACUGCGGGAUUAUUCAAUCUAACAUCAAUGGUGUGGGCUGUUCUGGCAAGAAUUGUGGAAGAAACGGACGGUGCGUCUCAAACGGGUCAGUUGGUGUAUGUGUAUGUGACUCGGGCUAUUACAAUGGCGAUGAAGGGAAGUGCGAACUCAAGAGAACAACCAUCACUUCCUGUAACAACAACAAGAUGACGAUCUGCAUGAACCCUAUCAACACAUACAGGCCUCUCAUCACCGUCUCUGGCUACACCUCUAAUAGAUGCACCGCCGAUCUAGUUGGGGAUAUAACUGACUCUGGAAACAGGAUCCCAUCGGAUAUACAAGGCCAGUGUCUCACUGUCGGCUUCAGUGGCACGUGUGGAACAUACACCGCCACACCACAGGUAACCAGGAGCCCAUAA